GACAAUAUUUUGUCGCAAGCUGGCGCUCGACCGAUGAAAUCGUCAACGCGAGUUACGAGUGCAGUGCUGUCGAUUCAGUCAUAAGAAGUCAUACAAUUAUUUACUUUUACCAACCUGUUUUAAUCCAUAUUCUGUCAUUUUCACUUUUAAUAUGUUUAGGAGAAAGCUGCAAGCGCUGAACUAUCCGCAGCCGGAUUGCAAUGUUUGUGAUGAGAAUAAAUGGCGGAAUCUAGUUGAAUGGCUAGAAGAUCAGAAGGUUCGCUUGUAUAAGAUUGAAGAUAGAGCUGCUCUAAGGAACAAGAGCAGCACGCAGUGGCCAAAAGCAUUCAUUAAAUAUAUCCAAGACUUACAAUGUCCAUUGGAUGGCAGUGAUAGAUUGGCAGUGUGUGAUUGGAUUCUUGGUCAUGCCGUUCGAUUGGAGUAUGGAGAAAAGGCACAAAUUUAUAAAGGAAUAGGAGCACCAUCUAAGACUCCUUCAGGAACUAUGGCGGAAGACCCCUUUGCAAGUAUUGAUGUUUCUAGUCCAAAUGUGAAGGUGGGCCUGGUAUCCUUGUGUUCACUACUCAAGAUUCCCAGACACGUGGAUCCUAUUGUGACUUUGGAAGCCAUUGCUCUUCUCAUCAAAGACAGACUCUCCGAUGAUGCACAGGAAGGGGUACUUGAAGAGGGGGUGGAGGUGGACCUCAGCGAAUAUGAAGUAGGAUUCGAUGCAAAAGAUCCAGUUAUGAAUGAUGCCGGAAGGAUUUUACGACUUCUUCACAUCAACGAAUUACGAGACCUUCAAACUAAGAUCAAUGAAACAAUAGUUGCAGUCCAGUCACUGACUGCUAAUCCAAAGACUGAUCAACGGCUUGGAAAAGUAGGACGGUAACGUCUUCUCUCGCCCACAAAGUUAUUUAAUUCACAGUGACUGAUAGGAACAACAAUAUGGAAUUCAUAUUCUGUAUGGCUAUGGGAUUUCCUCCUAUUGUACUUGUAAAAAAUAUAUGUACUUAUAAAGUAAUUGCUCUUGUUAUGUGUAGUUUAUUUUUAUUGCGAGUAUUUCUAGUAACUGGAUUCAGGCCUUAAAUUUCAAUAUUUUAGGGCAAAUUAGGAAGGACAAGACCGUGGCUAUGGGUAAUUUCUUUUAAAACGAUUCAGAGUUUAAAUGUACUAUUAAGUGGUUUAUUCAAUUAUAAUCGCAGUUUCAUCUAUUACUUAAAGUUAUUUAAGGAACUGCUAGCUUUAAAGGGAGGAAUAGUGGUUGAUUUCUUUUUCCGAAACAAAAAUUACUUGAACUUUUUUAUUAGAGUUGUAUGUAUCAUUUGUUUUCUUUGAUUUUUUAUUGUGAUAUUCAUUUUCUUAUGUAUAUCAUAUUUACUUGUCCAAUUUCUAUGAAAUGCCAAGUGCUUAGCGACAUCCAUUGAUAUUUGCCUUAAAAAACAGUAUGUUUUCAUAAGGAUUCUGUUUCUGCAGUGCAUUUUAUUUUCAUUGUAUAUUUGGGUCCAUCACUGUGGGUAGUUUCAGUUUAUCACCUCGUCUGAAUCAAAUGAACCUUUGAAAAAAAAAUCAUAAUCAAACCUUGAUCUUUGAUCUCAAUAUUAACUAAUGGUAUUUCCCAAUUUUUUCCAUAAAGAUGGGCAUUUUUAUUAUUUGUGUGUGAAGGGAAUGGCUUCCAUUCUUUUUAUUCCUUUUAAACAGGGUUCCCACAGUCAUGGAAAAUCCUGGAAAAAUUUGUGGUCAUGGAAAGUCAGGGAAUUUGGAAAAUUUGUGAAAAGUCAUGGAAUUGCAUUUACCUCUUGGCUAUGGCAGCUUUCCAGUUUGUCGUGUCUCACUACACUCUGUGAUUAUACUCUGCUAUUAUAAUUGGUGUUCAUGAUUUCCAUUUUUCCCAGUUUUGUGACAUCCCGAAUUCUACAUAACUCCCAGGAUGUCACAGGAAGUCAUGGAAAGCAGCAAUUUAGUCAAGGAAAAAUCAUGGUAUUCUGUUUUCAAAUUUCUGUGGGAACCCUGUUAAAGAAUUUCAUCCUUCCCAGUAUUAUUUCAUGACGUUCUGUUGUGGUUUUAAUUUAGUUCCAUCAUAAAUUUUAGAAGAUAGGUGUGUAAUAUAUUCUUGGUUUAGCAAUGAUGGAGACAUAAAGUUUUACUUUUUAUGCUGACUCAAUAUUGAUAAAACGCGUUUUAGGCCCCAGCCUCACUUUGAUGGGAUUGUGAGACUUAGUAAGCCCCCACACCCUCCCCACCUGUAAACCCAGGGGAAAAUAGCUGGCAGUAUUGAAACUUUCUACACAUUCUGAAUCCAGAUAAGUAUUCAUCAUCAUGAUGCUAUUUUAGUUUAUUUGUUCAUUUAUUUCCAGUCAUAUGUUAUACAUAUGAUGUAGUAUUUUUGUAUUGUGAUAUCUCCAAUUAAUGACUAUAAUUAACAGAGAUGGUUGUACACCGCAAGAGUCUGAUGUACUAUAAUAUGUAUGAAUGUAUGGAAAUAUAUAAAGUUAGCCAAUAUUUUUAUCAUUUAUUAUCUGACAAUCCAUAUUGGUAUGAUCAUAACUUUUGUCAUAAAAUGAUAAAAGAUAACUCAGUUAUUCAUUUUUUCUGUGUAAGAUUUUGCCAAUAAAAUAUUUGAAAAUGGAAACCCUUAUAGUGCAAUUUGAUCCUUCAUUUCAUAAUGGAGGGAGGGGCACAGAAAAUUGUUCUAUAUUGUUCUAUACUCAUGCUUUGUAUGUUUCUAUGUAUACUAUUACUUGUUUCAUAUCUCCAGGGACGGUGCCAUGGGGGAUUUAAUGCCCCCCUCCCUCUUCAUGUUCUCUUCAGUACUGCAAAAAGGGGGAGAAAAGGGAAAAAAAUAACAGAGAAGAUUAUAUAAAGGACAAUUAAAAUCUAGGUUUCUUGGCCAUGUAACUCCAAAGUACCCCUAUAAUUCAAUUGAAAUAAAAAUUAAUAUGAUCUUUAGGAUUUAGGCACCCCCCCCCCCCGCCCCAUCACAAUAACCUGGCGCCAUCCCUGCAUACUUAACAUCACAUAUUUUUCAUCUAUGAUCUUACUAAAUUUAGUUGUGUUAACUUCUCAAUUUCGUAAAAUAUUUUCAUUGUAUUUAUUGUCUUCAUAUAUCUAUUUAUUUCAUUUA